AUGUCGGAAUCCGGUUAUUUCAACGUGGAGCAACCCACUUCCUCGGGUCCUGCAUAUGACCUAAUGGAAGACUCUGGUGUUGCCUUUGAAGAUGAAGAUAACUUUCCAGAUGAAACUCCAGGAGAGCGCCUCGGAGCUAUCUUCGAAGAUGAGGAAAGCAACCCCGAUGAAGAAAACUUUCAAGACGAAACCAGAGUCGGCUUUGAAGAGGAAGAGGAAGAGGACACUCCAGAAGAAACUCCAGAAGACCGUCUCGCAGUCAAAAAAAUGAGUCUCAAAAAAUGUGCUGAAGAUAUGGUUUCCGAGCAUUCGGAAGCUGUUGCCCUUGCUGCAUUGGCAAAGAAAAUAGAAUCAGGACUGAAAGAAGUUAACACCAAAUUAUUGGAGAAGAAUGAAAUUGUCCAAUACUUCAUCAAGAGGAAUGGGGAAUUAGCAACUGAGAUUCGUGAGGAAGAGACAAACAUCAAGUUCUUUAACUUAGAAUCAUCUUUGAGUAUGAAGACAUUGGAAUGCGAGCAAUUGCUUGAGGAAAACCAAAAGCUUUUGGAGAAAAUCAGACUUUACGAAGAAUCCGUGAACGAUAAAGGAAAGAUCGAUGUGGGCGCCUUACUAGUCGAGAACUCUGACUUGAAACGCAAGCUCGAAACGUCAUCUCUUCACCCAGAUUUCGACUAUGGUGCACCUCCACACGAAGAACUUCAAAGUGAGGCUACAUUCGUCAAUCCCGAGCAACAACUUUCGGAGUGGAAAGAAAACCCCAAGUUCCAAGAAUUCAUUGCGGAAUCUGUUCGCUCCGCCCUCAGCGAACAACGAAAAUCAAUGAAACAUCUUUUCUUCGUCGGUCAACGCGUCCGCAAUCGAUUCCUAGAAAGAAACUCUGCAUACGAUCCUAAAGUUAAGGAACGCAACGCCAUUUACGAACUAGGAAAUUCAAGUGUCUUUAAUGGUCGUCCUAUCACCGAUGCUACUCUCUUCACCGACGUCCCGGGUGUCGUGUUCGAGAAACGCACGGAUGAGAAAACUUUCAAGGAGUUAUACUGGGCAAGCUGGCAAACCGUGCUCCGUCUCCAAGACUGCGCCGAAUUCAUUGAAAUGCUCCGCUGGCAUUCUUCGGUCAAAGCUUGGCGCAGACAAGACUACAUGAAAACGGAAUUUUUCAAAACCUGGACCAAAAACAUCGACACGAGAUUCGAAGACAUGGAUCUCGCCGCCGUGCGCGAAUAUUGCACAAAUAUUACCCGCAAGAAGCUGAAGGCAUGUUAUCUAGAUGAGAAGAAAAGAAACAUGAAGAUUAGACGAAGCGUCGGAUUGGGAUCAGGCAAUGACUCGGGUAUGUUUUUUGACAUUGAUGUGGGCAUGUGGGGAGGCGGUGUGAUGAAGGGUGUGAUGAGGUGGACGAUGUUGGCCUUGAUUGUCCUAUGUCAAUUCAUGCUCUGGAUGGUGUGGCGGGUCGAGCAAAAUGAUUGGUUGAGUUCAGGUUUGGAAGACGUGCUAUAUGCCGAUGUUGAGAUUGAUCUCGGAUGGUGCGGCUUAGGAACCUUUGAGCUGGAGAUGGAAGAUAUACUGGUUUGUGUUCGAACGGGAUUGAUGCUGGGUUGGUUGGUGGGAGAGAAGAAGGGAUUGGGGAAUAAUUUGGAAAUAAAAUUGAAAAUGAAAAUGUGGUUAGGGGGUGAUGUUGAAGUUUAUGUGUGCUCUUUUUUUGUGAUGAGGCGUGAGAUUGUGAUGAGGUGGAUGGGAACAAGGAGAAUAGAAGGUGCUUUGAAGGGUGAUAGGAGGAUGGCUAGGUAG